GCCUGAGACCCGAGGCACCUCACUCACGAGCCUGGCGAGGGAGCAGGAUGACCUUCUGGCAGGAGAAUUACGGUUUCGUUAAGGAGGUUUAUGACUUCCGGUGCUCCAAGUACCUAGAAUGGAUGGACAACAUCGAAGCCAUCAUCGGCAAGGUGAUGGCCAACACGCAAUACACCGCCAAGGAGUUUAAGAUCAUCAAGGACACGUUCACUUCUCUCUGCCGCGACCUGGACAAGGAGGGCACGAAGGCAUGGCUGGACAUGAUGCUGGAGAAGCUGUCGACGCACAGCAGCGAGAACGAGGAGAACCUGUCCGGGCGCGACAAGGCCAUGAAGGCGCAGGAGAAGAAGAAGCUCGAGGCCAUGAUUGAACGCCACAAGGGGCUCAUGGGUCCUACCAUGGAGGCACAGAGUAAGGUUGACCAUUACUCCGAGUGCUAUGCUUUCGGCGACGACAUCCAUCCUGUCAUGAAGGUACUGAACGAACAGCGCCAUCUGUCCAUGAAGGAGAUCCACCCUCACAACAUGGACAUGUGUGAGGAGCAGAUCGACAAGCAGGAGAAGGUCCUCCGCACCAUCGAGAACCAGUCGCCCAUCUACAACGAGCUGAUGAAACGCGGAGCCAAGCUGAAGUCCAACCCCAACGCCCCGUCCUUCCUGGAGCGCGAGAUUGCCAAGCUGGAGGAGACGUGGAAGGACACCAACGAGAAGGCCCAGCAGCGCAUUGAACUACUCAAUGGCACAUUCAAGGACUGGGAGGUGUACGAGCAGCAGCGCCAGGCCAUCAUGGCUCCUCUGGACACCCUGGAGGACCAGUUCAAGACCUACAAGAAGAUCUAUGACCCCAAGAAGGGCUCGGACUGGCUGGAGAGGAAGAAGAAGAAGGCCGAGGAGAACAAGAAGGUCGCCCUCGAGAUCUACGAGGUGAUCAAGAAGUGCUUUGCCACCAUCAUCGCCCUCGCUGGUGAAGACAAGAGGGAGUUCAUGGAGAAGGAGAUCAUCGACAUCGACGAGAAGAAGCAGAUCGUCGACAAGGUGGACAAGGCGCUCACCGACCUCACCGAGUUCAACCAGAGGCUCCACAAGAUGGUGAGCCAGCUGGCGGAGCUCAGAGCCUGGAUGACUCCGGCCGGGGAGAAGCUCAACUUCAUCACCACCUCCGUCGAACUCUCGCCCGAAGACCGCGUCAAGGAAAUCUUUGACCUCCAGGGACAGGUUAACGAAAGGCUGCCAGUCUUGGAACCUUUGGAAGCGGAGGUCCACGCCCUUUUGGACGAGGAAGAAGGCCAGACCAACGAAACAGCCCUAGGACACAUGCGCGAAUUCGAAACCAUUAAAGAAACCAUCAACGAGCUCCAUGACAGGAUCGAGAUCGAAGCAGGAUCGAUCACGCAGGACCAGAAAUACUUCGCCGAUUACCUCCACGGCGUCAAGAACUUCAAGCCUUGGAUGGAGGACGCCGAGAACGUAGCCAAGACGGCCCUGCAGAAGCCCGAAAAGCUGGAGGAGGCCCUGGCGCUGCUGGAGACCGUCAAGACCUUCGAAGUCGCCUGCCAGGAAAACAGGUCGAAGCUGGACGCGGCGGCCGAGUCCAGGUCCCUGAUGGAGAAGUGCACGAAGGAGGACAACGAGGUGGAGACGCUCACCAACCGCUGGGACGUCGUGAAGAAGACGGCCGACGAGCGGGUUAAAAAGGUCCAAGAGCUGUGCGACACGUGGUCCGCCCUGACCAACGUGACGGAGAAUCUGACGAAGACCAUCACGGACAUCCCCGGCUCCACGAUGCCAGAUGUCGCCACGCUCGAAAACAUCUUCAAGGAGUUUAAGGAAAUUAACGACAAGAAAGUCAAGCUCCUGGCCGUCGUCUAAGAUGGAAUUCUACUAAUGCUGCGACACCCCUUUUUUUUUGUCUAAUUCUAAGGAAGGAAUAAUAAAGCGUAGCGGAUUUGUUCAUGUAAAAAGGGAGAGAGAGAGAGAGAGAGAAGGAGAGAGAUAUAAGAACGGACGCGUUUAUGUUUUUAAGUAUUAUGUAAGGACGUAUUUUAAGGGACAGGAUGGGGAGUCUUAGAAGGAGAGACGGAGAGAAGACGAAUAAAGAGAAGACAAGGAAACACACAAAAAAAUAAAAAACAAAUAAACGAAAAGAAAAAACGUUCUCUCUUCCCCAUUCUGUGACGUCAGAGCGAACGGAAAGACAAAAGAAAGAGACAGACGUGAUUAAAAACAAAAACAAAAAACAAAAAACAUUAAAAAAAAAACAAAAAACAAAAUGAAGAGAGGUGAAAUCUCUCGCGAAGUCAGAGGUCUCAGUGGAACGUCGACUUAGAAAUAUUUCUCUUUACUUAUCUUUUAUCUAUCAUGCACUGAGGAAUGAUUGGCUUUAGUCCGCUUUCUACAUAACGAAGCUCAUGAAUAUCGUCUUUGGCCCAUGCAUGACAUUUUGUGCACAGGGUAACGAAAGACACGACUGAGUUUCAUACAAUUUUAAAAAAUGUAAAACUCUUUUUAGGUUUCUUAUUAAGUAAAGUCCUUAUUGUUAAGGGGGUUUGACAUUUUUUUUUGCAAAUAUAAAUAAUGUGUUACUUUAUUCUUAUCUAAUCAAAAGCAGAUAAGAAGAAAAAGUGAGUUUUAAUGAUUAUUGGAUCCCUGUACAUUUUAUACGAGUUUGAUGUGACUUCACAGAGAAAAUAACAAAAAAGGGAAGCUACUCUUGUGGCAAAUAAAAAAAAUCUUAUGUAUAUUAUAUUUCACGCUCGUAUUGAAUAAAAAAUGAAAACAAAAAUCUCCGUGUAAAACCUCUACUUUACUCAGAAAAUCUAUUCUGUUGAACAUCAAAAGGGACCAGUUCCAGUAAAAACCCCCUUUCAUUUAUUUUUUUCCUUUUAUCUUUUUUUUUCUUAUUUUGAUUUCUAAAAUCGAAAAAAAUAGAUGAUAGUUGAAACUAAACUACCGAUGCCACUUGAACGAUGACUAAACCUAACGAUGAACUACCAGUUUUAUUUGAAUGAAAGUUACUAUGUAUUAUGACAAAGAAGGUGAUCAAGUCGACAGGAUAAUACCUUUUGCAAUUUUUAUUUUGCAAGUAGGAUGUAGGUUUAUAUGUAUAGAGAAUAGAAUUACUUUUGUAGACGUAGCGGCACUUUCCUGUAUUAUCCUGAAUAUCGAUUUAAUAAAGCACUUUCUUUCCCAUGAAAUAAAAU